AAGAGGAGACGAUGAAUUUUAAUCUUACUACGAACUCGUUAAUUUUACUACGAACUCGUCACGGAUCUGAAGUCUCUCCUCGAUACAGACGGCAGCUUCUCCUCAAUAGCUUCAUCGUUUCUCCGCUGCUUCUCCACCGCCAUGGAUGCGCGCUUCUGCUCCGAUGUCUCUUCCCUUUCCUUAAUCUUCAGUUUCUCAACAUAACAGCCUCGGCCUCUACUUGCUCUCUCUCACUAAGAUUUAGUUCAACAAUGGCUGUUUCUUGCGAUGACAUAUUUGAGCCGAAGCUGGAAGAGCUCAUUAAUCAGUUAGAAGGAAGU